AUGAAGCUAUCUCCUGUAGCAUUGCCAGCUGCUAGUGCUAGCAAGGAAACUAUGACAAGCGGAAGCAAGGAAACUAUGAAAACUGGAAGCAAGGAAACUAUCCGUGGUGGUAGCAAGGACAUCUCUGUCAGUGGCAGCAAAGAAGCUAUGGGAUCGAAAGAGAAAUCAAUAGAAAAAGUGAAACGGAAAUCGAAGAAAUCCAAAACAUCGAGUCGAAACAAAAAGUCGAAAGCAAAAGUGAAAGAGAGGCCUGAGAAACCAUCAAAACCUCGAAAGAAGUUAUCUAAAGUCAUGAAAGUGAAGAAAAAAAGCAUGACAAAGAAGUAA